UAAUAAUCUACACCACUGCGAUCCUCACCGACCUGCGAUACCCGAUAUGGCCAUCGAGCCCGUCUCUCCUACCUCUCCUUCCCUCCCCGACGGCAAACGCCUCGAAUAUGCGCUCGAACUACAGGAUAUAAACAGGCGCGACCAGACUUCACAUCCCUCAUCUUAUGCGACGACCGGCUUGCAUCCGUCAACCCAUCCGCUGUUCCCACCGCUCCCGGUCUACGGAGCCCCGUCGUUCUUCUCCUCCCUGCAAUGUCUCGCCAUUCGAUGCGUGUCGUUCGUCUUGUCGCUGCUCUUCCUGGGCGUCAUUGUUGCCGGGGCGCUGAUCAAUCGCGCCGGAGAGGUUCUGCACAAUGCGUACCUCCGAGUGAGAGGGCGAGAUCCGAACGCCCAGCGGAAGUUCUACACGGAAGAACGAACCCGCAAUCGCGACCGACAGGCCGACCAUCGACGGUGGACGCGACAGCAGAAGAAGAAAGACGAGGUCGAUGAGGAAGGCCACGCCCCUGUUCCGGACGAGUGUCCGCCGCUGGAGGGGGGAAGGGAUCCCAUCGUCCCUGAUGUGGCAUAUUAUGCGAGACGCGUGGGCCUGGACGUCGAGACGUUAAAGGUCCAGACGGAAGACGGGUUUAUCUUGACGCUGUGGCAUGUUUAUAAUCCACAGGAGCAGAACCCCUCGUCGGUCGCGGACCGCGGGUGUCGUGGACCGCAGGUUUUUACCGGCCAGAAGAAUCCUCGCGUGGCGACACGCGACGGUGGACGUCGCAAGUAUCCCGUUCUGAUGCUCCAUGGGCUAUUGCAGAGUGCUGGGGCGUAUUGUACGAAUGACGAUGAUAGUCUUGCGUUCUAUCUCUGCAAGAGCGGGUAUGAUGUGUGGCUGGCGAAUAACCGCUGUGCGUUGCAACCGGAGCAUACGACGCUGUCGUCGUCCGAUCCGCGCAUGUGGGCGUGGAAUAUUCGACAGAUGGGGGUCUUUGAUAUUGCGGCGCAUAUGUCGCGGGUGCUGUACGAGACAGGAUUCGAGAAGCUGGGCCUAGUGUGUCAUUCUCAAGGGACAACAGAGACGCUGAUCGCUCUGGCGAAGGACCAGCGACCCGAGUUGGGCGAGCGCAUCUCCGUUUUCUGUGCUCUCGCACCUGCCGCGUAUGCCGGACCUCUCGUGGACCGGGUCUACUUCCGCAUCGUGCGCGCCCUGUCACCGAGACUCUUCCGCCUCGUCUUCGGCAUCCACUCGUUCAUUCCCUUCAUGAUGACCAUGCACGCGCGCUUGAAUCCCCGCGUCUACGGCACCCUCGGCUACUACGUUUUCUCGCAUCUCUUCGGCUGGAGCGACACACACUGGGAUCGCGGUCUCCGUGACCGCAUGUUCCAAUUCGCGCCGGUGUACGUCAGCACCGAAACGAUCCGAUGGUGGCUCGGGCGCGACUCGUUCUCCAUCCAGAAAUGUAUCCUCGCCACGCGCGAGACCUGCCUACUCGAAAUGGAAGAGGAUCAGCGGGCGGAGCAGGGUCUUGAACAACCCUCCACCACUCGCACCGAUACCGCCUGGUACGGUCCACAGGCGCCCCCGAUGGCGCUGUGGAUCGGGGGGUCGGAUGAUCUCGUCGACGGACGACGGCUGUUGCGGCGGUUGCAGAACGGUCGCGAGCCUCACGUCCGGGUGGUUCAUGCCAAGGUCAUCGAAGAGUACGAGCAUCUGGAUGUCCUUUGGGCCAUGGAUGUUGUCGAUCAGGUCGGAAGGGAGGUUUGUGAGGUUCUUUGGAACACGGUGCCGGAGGAUGUCAGGGGGGCGUGUCGGGUCCCUCGGGGUGUAUAGAAUUGGAUGAGUGACGUGUUAUGACUGCAUUUGCAUUAUACUUACCUACAUAACGUAUAUACUACUGACUAGAUCAUGUUUGGAUCGGAGCGAUGGCAUUGUAUAUAAUAGUGUAUAGUUAGAUGAUAAUCGAGCACAC